ACUUGUUGCUUUCCAUGUCCUAUUCAGGAUUGGCUCUACCCUCCAGAAUGGAAACAGCAACUUCGGGUCCCAAACUACCUAAGCAUUCUUUCCGUCGCGCUUUGCUGCUUCCUACUCCUCUCUUUCGCCGUUCUACCCCCUGGUCAAACGCACCGCCAUUACCUUAGCGUAGGACUCCUGUUUCCGGUCCUCUUCAUCUCACUCUCCUUUGUUAUUCCGGUUGCUAUCGACCCGCCACUCUGCCACGACGCCAUAACUCCCAACGAUAUGCAUACGAGUUUCUCAUGCGCAAUUGCAGGAGCUCUCGUCACUCUUGGAGGAAUAGGCUGCGUCAUCUGGGUCUUUCUCCGCAGUCUCUGGCUUCACAUCCGCAUUCUGUGGGAUCGUGAUCCAGGCCCAAAGUUUCAAUGGGGUUCCAUCGCUGCCGGGACAUUACUUCCUCUCGUCUUCCUUAUCGCCUUGCUCACCUCGACUGGCUUCAGCUACCGCAUGGGUCAGACAUGUCUUCCAAACCACGAAAACGCCAUUGUGACCUUCUGGGUGUGGCUGGUCAUCUUCGCCACUGCUGGAUUCAUUCUCCAAGCAGUGACAACUGGAUAUUGCAUUUUCGUCUACCUCCGGACUCGGCGUCGCGAGCGAAACUCGUUGGGUUCAGCUCAGCGCGGUCAAGCGAUGCAAAAGCAAGAGACGUGGAGGAAUGUCAAGAAGUUGAUUCUUUUACAGUGGCGCAAUAUCGCCGUUAGUAUUCUGACAAUCGUCGGUUCCGUUGCGUUCUUCAUCGUCUUCUGGACCUAG